UGGGCGGUGGAGGAUGGAAAAAAAGGAACAAAAAAAAAGAUGGAUAGAUUAAGUGUUUUAAUCCAUAUAAAUUUUAACAAAAUAUAUGAUUGAUGGAGAUUGACAUUUUAUUACCUUAUUAAUUCCAUCAUCGAUCAAUGAUCACAUUGAUACAAACAUACCAAUUGAUGCAAAACUCGACAUCGACAUCCGUUAUUUAUAAAUAAAUCGAAUAUUGAACAUUCUUCUUGAAAAAUGUGCCCAAAAUUAUUUAUUUGUUUAAUUCUUUUCAUCACCAUUGUAUUUAUUUCAACCAUCAAUGCUAAAUAUCAACCAUAUAAUAAUAGUAAAAUUAGUAUCGGAUGCGAAACGGACGAUGGAUUCAUUUUUUUACGAAUUGAUGAACUGAUAAUUAACAACAAUAAAAUUGAAUGGAACCAAUUAGUUUAUAAUCGAUCAUCGUGUUCAUCCGAUCAGAUUAUCGAAAAUAAAAAAGAAACGACUAUUGAAAAAUUACAGCUAAAAUUUCAACCUGAAAUUGAAAUGGAUUUUGAAUUCAUCAAGAUCAACAAUAAUACAUAUAAAAUGAGAAAAUUUGGCUUAAUGAUGAACGAAACAAUUUAUGGAAAUGCAUUUGAUUUACGAUUUGAUCAUAAAUUAACUAUCGAUAAACAGGGCUACCAAUGUGAUGAUCUUGUCAACAAUUUGAAAAUCAAUGAUACCAGUUCCUCCAAUGAUGAUAAUGAUGAAGCGAUUGUUCAAUUCAAAAAAUUCCAAUUCGCCGCCUAUCUUCAUACAAAGAAUAUUACAGAAAUUACAUUUAAAGAAUGCAACCCCUUACCUGGAAGUCAAUUAGUACCUAUUAUUGUUGGCAGUGGUCUAUUAGUUUUAAUGGGCUUAUGUUUGACCAUUUAUAUUUUUAUGCGAUCACGAUCAUCAUAAAAAUGUAUUCGAAUAAUAACGAAUUUUUUUUUCAUUAUUAAAUUAUUCAAUAUUAAUAAAUAAUGUAGUUAUUAUUA